CGAGCGACUUUGCAGUUCAGAGCACUCACGCGUUCUGGGAUUCUAUUUGGAGACGAGCAAAGGAGAACUUUACCACACAUUUCAUCCUGCAGUUUUGAAGUCAGACACUUGAGUUUGAUUUGUUUCUCUGUGGAUCGACGCACCGCUCAUCGGAUGCCCGUGCGUCAAGACGUUUCUUUCCAAAUCGAGUUUACGCAGAAAAAGGGACGUUUUUUUUCCCUUUUCUUUUUUUUUUUUUUUUUUGCAAAGUUUCAAGACUUUGACCGGAUUGAUUCUGGCAAGUCGCUUUGACAGAUUUUCCUUCACGAGAGGCGCCAGCGCUAACGUCCCCGUUUCACGCGUAAGUUUUGGCAGCGACCCGUUUCUCGUAUGAAUCUUCUCGACCCCUACCUGAAGAUGUCGGAGGAACAAGACAAGUGUCUCUCCGAUGCCCCGAGCCCGAGCAUGUCCGAGGACUCCGCGGGCUCUCCGUGCCCGUCCGGCUCCGGUUCAGACACCGAAAACACGCGGCCGUCGGAGAACGCGCUGCUCCGAGUGGAGGCGGCUCUGGGCGACUUCAAGAAGGACGAAGACGAUAAGUUCCCCGCUUGCAUACGCGACGCCGUGUCCCAGGUGCUCAAGGGUUACGACUGGACUCUGGUGCCCAUGCCCGUGCGCGUAAACGGAUCUACCAAGAACAAGCCUCACGUGAAGAGACCGAUGAACGCCUUCAUGGUUUGGGCUCAGGCUGCGCGCAGGAAGCUGGCCGACCAGUACCCGCACCUGCACAACGCCGAGCUCAGCAAAACGUUGGGCAAACUUUGGAGACUUCUCAAUGAGGGCGAGAAAAGGCCGUUUGUGGAGGAAGCCGAGCGGUUGCGCGUGCAGCACAAGAAGGAUCACCCCGACUACAAGUACCAGCCAAGGCGGAGGAAGUCGGUCAAGAACGGACAGAGCGAGGGGGAGGAGGGCAGCGAGCAAACCCACAUUUCUCCCAAUGCCAUCUUUAAAGCGCUGCAGCAGGCAGACUCUCCGGCCUCCAGUUUGGGGGAGGUGCACUCACCCGGGGAGCACUCAGGUUCCCAGGGACCCCCGACCCCUCCCACAACCCCAAAAACCGAUGUCAGCUCCGGCAAGAUGGAUCUUAAGCGCGAAGGGGGUCUCAGAUCCCUCCCCGAAGGCGCUAGCCAGCGGCAACUGAACAUCGACUUCCGCGACGUGGACAUCGGCGAGUUGAGCAGCGACGUCAUCUCUCACAUCGAGACCUUCGACGUCAACGAGUUCGACCAGUACCUCCCGCCCAACGGCCACCCGGGUUCCGUGAGCGGGCCGGGGACACCGGUCGCCUACACCGGCAGCUACAGCAUCAGCGGCGGCGCUCCGGUCAGCCCGCCGGCGGGAGCGGCCUGGAUGCCGAAAAGCCAGAACCAGCAGGGACAACAGCAGCAGCACACCCUCACCACCCUGGGAGGGAACGCCGGGUCCGAGGCGGGUCAGGCUCAGCACAGGACCCAGAUCAAGACGGAGCAGCUGAGCCCGAGCCACUUCAGCGAGCAGCAGGGCUCCCCGCAGCACGUGGCCUACAGCCCCUUCAACCUGCAGCACUACAGCCCCACCUCGUACCCGGCCAUCUCCAGGGCGCAGCAGUACGACUUCACCGACCACCAGGGGGGCGCGCCCUCGUUCUACAGCCACGCGGGGGCGGGCCAGGGCUCGGGCCUCUACUCGACUUUCAGCUACAUGAGCAGUCCCAGCCAGAGGCCCAUGUACACGCCGAUUGCCGACAACGCGGGGGUGCCCUCCAUCCCCCAGAGCAGCCCUCAGCACUGGGAGCAGGCUCCGGUUUACACACAGCUCACCAGACCCUGAACCCCCCCCCCCCUCUCCCCCCAACUCCCACAAUACAUCCAACACACAUGUACAGCCGCACACGUAUCCCAAAACAUUUUAAUUCAAGGAAUACGUCGUCCCCCGUUCCAUCCAGACGCUCUCCGAAUCAGACACUUGGAAGUGGACGAGGAGGAGAGUCGCACUUGCGAUUGGCUCACGCCGUGCCUUACUCUUUUACCGUGAUCAAAUCUUGAUAGAUAGAUAUAUAUUUUUAGAGAGAUGAAAAGACUCGAGAAAGUCCUCUGUGAGGAUUUGAUUGUUAAUAUUUCUGUAGGUAACGUGUGUAUGUUUCGGGUUGUUUUUUUUUUUGUCUUCAUACGCUGGCAGUUUGUAACCCACGAGGUUGCUUAUGAAGGUUAUUUCUCUGAUAAAAAAUGAUAAGGCUUCUGUUUUAAAUCCGUCGAACAACAUCUGCUUGUCGGUUGAGUUAUUUGCUGUUUUUUUUUUAACUUCUUCACGUGCCAUUCCAAUUUACACUCAAUGAUGGGAGAAUCAUUGGAAAAAGCAACGAGAGACUUUGAGGGGGUGACCUCAGCCGUUCCAAACCACCCGUGCCUUAAAUCCACUUCAUUUUCUUCCCGCUUUUGUAUAUGUGCGCCUGUGUGUGUGUGUGUGUGCGUGCCAACAGCUGAGAUUACGCUUACCGUCCAGCAGCGUGUGUUUGACCGCUACAGGAAGUCCCCUUUGACCUCUGGGUUGUCCCCCUGCUGUCUCCUUCCGCGCUGAUAUAACCCAAUCCCUCGGCCUCCCCCAGUUUAAAAAAAAAAA